CCCACCAUUAUCGAUCGAGCACUAUCCCUCGUAUCAUGUUGAACACAGUGACAUUCUUCACCCGUUCUGCUGUACUGUACAAUGGACGUUAUUGGGAAUAACCUUUUAGCCAAGUCAGAUUUUGAAACGAUUCUUUGGCACACUUAUGAACAAGUAGGCGACCAAAAAGUCAACACCCGGCCAUCACCCCGCCCCUCGUUCGCUCCGCACGCGUUUGUGGAGGUUUGGAGUAUUGUCAUGCUGCUUACCACGAUCAUCAAUAGUCUAAUAAGCUAGCAUUCGCAAUUAAGCUAUGCUUGCUUGCAGCGCACAAGUGCAAAGCUGUACUUUAGAUGCUAGCAAACCUGAGUAAUGUGUAACGGAGGUGAAUUACACAAACGUAAAUCUGUCUCGUUUGUGAAGGGGUGUUAUGGAGCAUCUGGAAAACCACGAAGCAGCUUUCUGAUCUCACUUUCUUUGUUGUUGGUUUUGGAGAGCGAUGGAAAAGUACAUAAAGAGAUCCUCCACCAUCAGUGAUACACUAUCGCCGCCUCAUCUUGGAUUCAGACAAACAUGCUUUUCAGAACCUUUUUACAAGAUAUUGUGCUCGCCAGCGCGCUGCUCUUGACUGCACAUACAGCCCAAGCCAGUCCUGUUGCGCAAGCAGCUCAAUGCGGCCCAGGAUUGACGCCUUGCGGUCCUGAUUGUUUCCGUGAAUCUGAGGGCCUCUAUCAUUGUGAAAAUGGCCAGCUGAAACAAGGCCCUGCGCCUUCCAACCCUCCACCCUCCAAUCAACCUUCUGCACCCGUCGGCGGGGCCCCUCCUGCUAAUCCCAAUGGUCGCACGAUCCAGGUUGUCAACAAGUGUACUCAAGAUAUCUGGAUAGGCAUGCAGGGAAAUCCCCUUCCCCGCGACGGUGGAUUCUUCCUCCCGAGAGGUGGAGUAGAGAACGUCCAAGUUCCCAGUAAAUGGGAAGCAGGUCGCAUCUGGGCCCGGACAGGAUGCACAACUCAAUCCAACGGUCGCUUGGUCUGCGCCACAGGUGACUGUGGGUCCGACUUUAACGGCUUUGGCAUUGCCUGCAAAGGCAUCGGCGGUCAAGCACCCGCUACACUCGCCGAAUUCACUCUUCUGGAUGGGGGACGAACCGAUUUCUAUGAUUUGAGUAACGUUGACGGGCACAACAUUGGAAUCCAGAUCGACGCAUUUGGCACCCGGGUGAACAAUCCAGAUUUGGGCAAAUUCAACUGUGGGAACCCGACCUGCAGGAUGGACACCUCCAAAUGUCCUCCUGAGCUCCAAAUGACCGACUCGACUGGACACACUUCCUGCGCUGCCGUCUACGCUGCGGCACAUAAUGCCGCCCAACGUGCAAAGUUUCCAGCCCUCCAAAAUAUUUUCAACAACGCCGACACGCUUUCUCUGGUAUCCUGCUCCUGCGACUGUGGGCCAAACUGCGGGUGCCAAGAUCCCAGAUCGAAACAUUGCUGCUCGCCCUACAAUAAUGAUCCAAACGAGAGAGGAGGAAAAUGUCGCGUUGAAGAGUGGCCCCUUAGCACUUCACCUGGUGCAGGAUCUGCAUUCCCUGCGAGAUACGAUCAAGUUUUCAAGAACCAAUGUCCUGAUGCCUAUUCUUGGCAGUUUGAUGACCACAAAAGUACAUACCAGUGCUUCACAGCUAAUUACCGUGUGACCUUCUGUCCCUAGACAAGAAAUUAUCGAUGGUGAGAUAUCGGCCAAGUUUGAAGUAUAUUCAGUAUGAUCAUUUGGACAUUAGGCCAUGUAGUUGAUGUGUAGUGAUAUUGUAGUGGUGUAAUACAUGAUUCUCUUUGUGC